UGCAAGCGUACCAAACUUGGACCUUUGCCAAAACCACGGUGUUUUUUAUAAUUUUGGUUGUAAUUUCACUAAAAUAUUACAAAAUUAGGUCUUAUGUCUGAUCCCGAAGUGAAUUCUUCGAAAGAAGAAAAUGAAGAUCUGUUUGGGGGAAGCGACGAUGAGAGUUUCACAAAAGACGAUGUUGACACGGUGAAGAAUGAGUCCAAUAACGAAAACUUGAAUGAAAACGAGGAAUUGAAAGACAAUCAGAGUGAUCAAGGACUCUUUUCUGAUGAAGAAGGAAAUCAGGAGAGUCCGGAGAAAAGCGCGCCUGUCAAAAAGAUCCUGGAAUCUGAGGUACCCAACUUUUCUUCUCCUGCUCCAUUAGAUUCAAAAGCAUUCCAUGCUCGCAUACCCAACUUUAUGUCAGUAGAGCAUACUCCAUUUGACUCUGAAAAAUACGCCGUUGAGGCUGAAGCAGACGAGACGUUAUUAGCACACGAUGUACAAUGGGGUCAACGUGUAAAACACAAGGUGGAUAAUACGAUCAGAUGGCGUUUUGAUAAAUCGGGUAAACCAGAGUCCAAUAGUCAGGUAGUUCAAUGGUCGGAUGGUUCUUAUUCACUGCGCAUUGGUCACGACAUCUACGAUGCCCAGUCAAAGCUGAUUACUCAACCCACAUUCCUUACUACUUCUCAUGAAGCUCAACAUCUCCUUCGUGCCCAGGCGGCUCUCAAAAGAAGUUUUAACUUUCUUCCUUCUGCCAUCAGUACAGCUACUACAUCCAAGCUUCCUUCUAUGCGAAUGAGAGGUCCUCCACUUGUUAAUAGAGGCGUUCAAGAAAUUGUUACCGAGAAAGAUCCUGAACUGCUUAAACGUGAGGCCGAAAAAUUUGAAGAAGAACGGAAUCGUGCCCGGCGGCGUCUCGAGAAAAGAAAAUAUCUUAAUAAUUACAAAAACGGGAUGGAAGAAGAAGAAGAAGAUUUCACUUCAUUCGUUGGUCCUCGUGGUGUCUAUUCUCAAAGAGACGAAUCAGCUGAACAAGACCGAAUGGAUCGACUGAAACGGAUUAAACAAGAGGGAGCUGGAGAAUAUUACAACGAAGAAGAAAACUAUGAAGACGAAGAAGAUGAAGGUGCUCUUGAUGAUUUUAUUGAAGACGAGGAAGAAGAAGAGGAUGAGGAGCCGGUCAAUCAAUCUAGACACUCUCCUUCAAAGAAAUCUGCAAGCCCUGAAAGUGAAGCAGAUGAAAGAGAAAGUAGGUCACCAGAUAAGAAACAAGAAGCACUAAAUGAUGCUGAUAAUGAGUCAGGUGAAGCGGAUAAUACCGGGCAGCGUAGACCACGACGCCGUAUUAUUGAAAGUGAUAGUGAAUGAUCACUUUCAUUAUUAAAAAGAAUAAAAGAAAAGUUCAUUGGGAAUUAUACAUAUUUCCAUCUCUGUUCCUAAUUGAUCUUUUUUUAAUUUACCUUCUGAAAAAUAUUUCAUAAGUUUAGAUUCAAAGAUAAUAAUAAUAGAAAGAAAGCAAACAUUUAUUAUUUCAUAUA